UUUCUUCCAGAACUCCACAGAAUCUGUGCAGUGCAUGGUGAAGUGAUGCUGAACAACAAACUGACGUCAUCAAGAGGCGACUCUCGCACCUCAAAGAACCACAACAUUCUGGAGCACAGAAAAGAAGGCAGACAGUUAAACAGUCACCAGAUAUCAUAUCAGCCUGUUCACGCCCGUGCACCGCCGCCGCCGCCGCCGCAGCAGCCGCAGCAGCAGCAGCAGCAGCAGCAGCAGCCGUCUGCCGAGCGCAUCCGUCCGUGCAGGGACAGACAGACAGACAGACAGACAGACAGACCUGGCAAUGAUGGCGGACUGUGUUGGCUUUCAAGCGCAAAUCGCCUCGAUUAUAGAGAUAUUGGCCAAUUCGGCAGUGGCGGAGAUCUGCAAACUGGUGGACGAUGGCUACGCGGCGCUGCGCUCCCAGAUGGACCUGGAGCGGGAGAAGAGCGAGAAGGAGAACGAUGCCCUGCGGCAGAAACUGCGAGAAAUAGACGUAAAGGUGCGGAACUACGAGAGGAAGAUGAGGAGACGAAAUCAGCGGGAGGAAAUGCACGCCGUUCAUUUUAGGCCACCCGAAGGAGCUGAGGACCAUCAGCCUGUGGGGCCGCAUCUUCCUGUCGCCUCUGAUGACAAACCCUUUCAUCACAUUUCAAAGCAGGACGAAACCAAGGCGUUGCCACUGGUGAAGCAGGAAAAGGUGGAGAAAGAUGACUGCAACCUGGACCUCAAGGUGGAGGUCAAUAUCAGGGCAGAGUGUGGCCUGUCUACUGCCAUGGAACCCAGUGAGGAAACCCCCCCCAGUGAUAUUGUUCUUAACACCAGUGUCGCCAACAACACCUCCACCACCCAGCCCUCCUCUUCCCCCACUGAUGCCACAAUGGACCUGACCUGCAGGCCUCGGGCGAAACGUAAAGCCGCCGUACUUCUGGGCAACAGUUUGACAUCCAGCGGUGGGGGGGUCACGGCCUCCGAGGCUACUCGCAGGGACCUUGGAGGGACCUUAAUAGAUGGUGCUCUGAAGCCAGAGAUCCAGACAGAUGAUGCUACAGAAGAUGAACUUCAUCCCUCUCAGCUGUCAGCCCCUGUAGCCUCCGAUGAGCCCAGCCCCGACCGCCUCAACAGUCUGGGCCUGGACCUGGCCUGGAUGCAGGAGAGGGUCAGCCAUCUUGGUGCAGCAUACGCAGUAGCACAGCUGGGUUUGGGGAACACAGAAACUGGCCACCCCUCUGCCUCCUUCCCCUCGCAGGGCGGAGGAGACAGUCUAGAUGGCCCUCCAACCAUGCUCUUCACAGGUGGCGCUCAUGAAAUGGCUGCUUUCGCUGCCUCCUUUGACAUGGCCGCUGCCGCAGCUGCCGCUGCUGCUGUCGUGGCUGCAUCACCUCCACCGCCUCCUCCACCCCCUCCCACUACAGCUCCUUCUGCCACCACGACCAUCCAGAGGCGGCCUUACGGUAGCAGCGCUGCUUCUGCUCAAGAGCCCGUGGUGUGCGCUGUGUGCGGGCGCGUCUUCCCCAGCGCAGCCGCCCUGGAGCUGCACCAAAGGGUGCACACAGGGGAGAGGCCCUACACCUGUCCCCACUGUGGGAAGGGCUUUGCCCAGCCCAACAACCUGCGGGUCCACCUCCUCAUCCACACUGGGGAGAGGCGUUAUCGAUGUACACUGUGUGGGAAGAGUUUCAUCUCGUCCAGCCACCUAAAGAGGCACCGCACGGUCCACACGCAGGAGAAGCCCUACAGCUGCUCGCGGUGCGGACAGUCCUUCAGUCAAAUGUGUAGCGUUCGCAGACACCGGCAGCAGUCCCAGUGUGGUUUGUAGACUGACCGCUGGAGGAGGUGAAUGGCAUCUGGAACUGAUCCUCAUACAGUUUGGGGGCUAUGACGGGUGAAUGAUUGAAAUCCUUUACAUGGAAAUUCUAGCGUCUUAUGUAAGCACGAACAAAGAAGCAAGGCUGUAUCCUGUGAUGUCAUGGCACGUAGAGUUGAUAUUUGUGAAUUGUGUUUUUUUUAAGGCAAAGGAUAGGAUUUUCCCUGAAGCCCUCUCAACCUUUUCCUACUCCUUGUUUUAAAGUGAGAGAGGAUCACAGAGUGGUAAAGAGUGCCUGAGACAGUGUUGAUAACACUAAAUCGAUCAAAUUGUCAUUAAAUCGUAUUGUUUGUAUUUACAUACAUAACACAUUUUGGCUGAUGAUGCUGGGACACUGCCAUCAUCACGGUGUACCUGCACUGUCCACUGACCACUUUGUCUAACAGGAUGAACAGAACAUGAAUAUUUUGAGCACCUUACAGCUCUAUAGUAUUGAAGUAAUGAGUUGACUUAUAAUAUGACUUGACUUAAAAUACAAUUAAAGUUCAUCCAACGUUAAGCAAAACAAAAACGAAAAAUCUAUUCUUGCCUUAUCCUACUGUGAUUUUCCAGAUUUACAUUUCCAGACACUUCCAGCUGUUGUUUUUUUAGGACUGCUGGCCCUACAAGAUUUAAUUUCUCUCACUGCAAAGUGUCAAUAUCAAAGGAUGCUGAGACGUCUUCAGUGGAGUUCUUUUUUUGUUGACUGGAAGCAGGGAGAACCUGUUAGCUUAUGCCUUGUUUCCACUGUAUGGUACGGCUCUGCUUGACUCGACUCACUUUUUUGGUACCAGUACUUUUCUCUUUUCGUUUUCCACUGCGACGCUGCACAAAAGUGCCGUGACAUCAUUUUCAAAGCAACACUUGCUGAAUCCUUUCAUCUGCAACCAAACGGAAGAACAUCUGUACAUCCUCAGUUGUAUGCCGUAGUGUACUACGCCGUAGUUUUGCAGGUUUGUGCAGGUUGUCCAGUGUCACGCUAGACCAAUCAGUGGUCUGCAGUGUUUUAACUCCUUCAAGUAUCAACUGAGCUCGCUUUGAACCUCCACCAAGGUGGUACCAACAAAACAGUACCAGGUACUUUCCACAAAUUUUGCUCAUGGAAAACCAAAAAAAGAGCGAGUCGAGUCCUAGCCUACGGUGAAAACACGGCAUUAGUUAGCCUAACUCAGUCAAAAGAGGAACAGCUACACAUUCCAACCACAACAAAGCUGUCUAAGUGGCAUGUUUAUGUAGUAAACAUAAUGUAAUUUUUAUGAGCAGACAGUUGUUACUGAGCUAAACAUUGACAGCACACAGCAUUUCUUUCUCCUCAGAGAGGCAAUUUGUAUCACAGCACAGAGACAGACUGCAAUAGCCUGGGGCCCCCAGCUAAAAGGGCCCCAAACAGCUAUAGAUUUAUUAUGGUGUUUAGAUAUAAAAAAAAUAUUGAAUUAUGUUACUAUUCUGAUUCAUUCUAAACCAAAACACCUUGCAAAAGUCCCCCAAAGCACUUU